AUGAAUACAAUAUUUAAAUCACUACAACAUACAGGAUACAAGACGGGUAGUAGUUAUUGUGGAAGAACGAUCGUUCAAGGUACUAGUUUAAUAUCACCGUCGUCAUAUAACAUAAAUCAUAACAUCAUUGGUUAUAAUCAGAAUAAUAAUAAUAAUAUAUAUACAACAACAAAAACAACACCAUCAUCAUAUAAUAGAUUAAAUAAUUAUCAACCAAUUAGUCAUUUGGGUAAUAUCGGAAGAUCAUCAUAUUGUACGACGACGACAACUACAACUGAUCAACAACAACAACAACAACAACAACAACAACAACAAUAUAUAAGAGCAAAAGUUAAAAGUAUAAAGGGUAAACCAUUGAUUGCAUUGGUUGGUAAACCAAAUGUUGGAAAGUCAACUCUAUUCAAUCGAAUCGUAGAGUCUCAGAGACAGGCAUUGGUAGAAGAUAUCCCGGGCACUACAAGAGACAGAUACUAUGGUGAAGCAAUCGUGUAUGGAAAGCAAUUUCAAGUGGUUGAUACUGGUGGUAUGGUUGGUGAUUCGACCACCCAACAAGACCAAUUCUCACAGAUGAUCAAGACACAGGCUACUAUUGCUAUGGAUGAGGCAGAUGUCAUUGUUUUCGUUGUAGACUAUCGUACUGGUAUUACACAGGUUGAUCGUGACUUGGCACGUAUGCUAAGAAAUAGACAACAAAAAGGUCAACAUGUUUUGGUGGUUGCCAACAAGGCAGACAGCCAUAUGAUGAUUGAAGGCUUUGAAACAGAUAUGAAAACAACUCUUACUCGUUUUGGAUUAGGUGAACCUUUUCCAAUGUCCUCUAUCCACGGCCACGGUGUUUUGGAUUUACUUGAACGUAUCACAAAGUUGUUGCCAGACAUGCCAUUAGAGUUGGAUGACCCGUCGUUGCCUGGUGCCAUCAAGAUAUCGAUUGUCGGACAACCCAACGCUGGAAAGAGCAGUUUGUUGAAUAGAAUCAUCGAACAGGAGCGAUCGAUCGUGUCAGACGUGCCUGGCACUACACACGACCCCGUCGAUUGCCAUUUGGUGUGGCGUGACAAACACGAUCUUACUCUUAUCGACACUGCCGGUAUCAGACGUCGUGCAACGCACAGAGUAGGCUUGGAAAAGAGUUCAGUGUUGUGGGCAAUGAAGGCCAUUGAGCGAUCGCACGUUGUUCUCUUUGUCAUUGACUCUACCGUCGGGCUCACCGAGCAAGACCUUAAAAUAGCCGGUUUCAUCACCGAACAAAACAAAAGUGUCAUCAUCCUGGUCAACAAAUGGGACCUCUACACCAAAAACAAACGCACAGCUCAAAAGGAAAGAGAUCAAGCCUAUUUCCAUCAAUACCAAGAUAGAUUUAAUUUCCUUGAUGAUAUUAUAAAAGAUAAAAAGGAUAGAAAUGGAAAGGAUAAUAAUAAUAGUAACAGUAAUAAUACAGUCACUCAACAAAAACAAUCAAAAAGACAACAAAAGAAAAUGGAAAAAGAAAAAGAACAAGAAAAUGAAAAGGAAGAAGAUGAAGAAGAUGAAGACGACAAUGAAGAUGACGAUGAUGAAGAACCUAAACAAUUAAAUAGAAAGAAAGAAGAAUUGAUUCAAAUGAAAUCAUCAGAUUUCUCAUUUGAUGGUGACUUUUGGCCACAGAAUGAAAAGGAGGCAUUUGAAUCAAAACAAAUUAAAGAUAUCGAUAGCGCAAUUGAAAAUGAAUUUAAACAAAUGGAAGAAUUGGAUCAACAAGAAAAGGAUGAUCAAGAUGUAGAAGAUGAACAAGAUGAAGAGGAUGACGAUGAAAAGGAGGAAGACGAAGAUAAAGAAAAUGCAAAAAGAGAAAAAGAGUUUAUAAAGUCGUAUUGGAAAUACAUGAAGCGAGUGGAACAAGCAGAAAAUGAAGGAAAACAAUCGAGACCACCUCCACCAGACGUAGAAUUACCAAAACUUUCAAAACUACAAAAGGAAUAUGAAGAUGAAUUAAGAAAGAAAUUAACAUUCCUGGAUCAUGUUCCAGUCAUCUUUACAUCUGCAACCACUGGUUUCUGUGUACCAACUUCUUUAGAUUUGGCUAUUAAAGUAUUUUUUGAAAGAGAAAAAAGAUUAAAAGUUGGAGAAUUAUUAAGUAUUAUUAAACAAGCAACAUUUAAACAUAUAUUACCAAAACGUGGUAAAAAGAGUUUAAAGAUGAAGUUUGCAAUGCAAACUAGAGGGUAUCCUCCAUCGAUGGUUUUCUUUGUCAAUGAUCCAGAACGUGUUGAAGCAUCUUUUAUCCGUUACCUUUUGAAAAGUAUAAGAGAGGUUUAUAAAAUCAAAGAAAAAUAA